GAUAUCUUUUCCCUCGGCUGAGUAUUAAAAGUACUCAAUUUAUAUCCUCCAAAGAUAGCAUUUGAAUAGAAGUUCCUUGCAGUGCUUUAGAAAAAUCAGGAAACUCUUUCGAAGUGAUCUCACAUAGGCAUAACUUUAUCGCUUUAUGAUAUUUGCACGCUGCAAAAAUUUUAACGACUUGGAGAUAAUUUAGGUUGAAACUGUAAAAAUUAUUUACUAAGAAAUAGCUGUUUUUGCAUAAAAUAAAUAGGUAGACGGACUCCCCUUUACAUUAAUUUAUUCCAAAACGGCCAAGUGUCAACCUUGUUAGGGUUCUCGAGCUUUCCUGAAUGAGUUCAGUUAUAUAGGGACUAAUUUGAAUUUGGUUCGAAGCGCUAAGUGAUAACUUGUUAACUUCCAUCCGGAUCAAAUUAUUUAGAACUGAUUUUGCAUCUUUCUGAUUGUCUUCAGAGAUGUUUCAUAAAUUUACCUCGUUAAGCACUGUAAGGAUAAUCCCCUUUAGCCUCUUUAGGAGGCGUUGAUUUGUGUUAUCUGCACAAUUAAUAAGAAGCCUAUCUUCAGACCUGAAAUAUUCAUCUUCUCCAGUAGUAUUGGGACUUUUCAUGUUUUUAUGUACAGCUGACCACACUUGACUAUUAAAUUCAAUGGCUUGUUCCAAAGCUUGAUUCUCAAUUGGAGUGAACUUCUUACUUAUAUUUAUCCCUAUCUUUCGAGGUCUUAUAAGGAAGGGUCUUUAAAUUGAUGCUUUUGAGCACUGUCUUCCUCGCUCUCUUAGUAUGUUUCUUUCUGAGAGACUUUUCUUUUGAUUUGGAUCAUCUGAGAGCAAGAAUUAACAUUUCCCAAGAAGUUCAACAAUGGUAUCUUGCACAUGCUCUGCUCUCUUGGAAAUAGCUGGGUUCAGAGCAAUAAAGUCAUCCCAGUUCGACCGAUCCAUUCUAUCUCUUCCAUAAAGUAGCUCUUGUUGUAUUUGGUUUAUUCUUAAGAAGUAACAGUUAGCUUUCAGACGUUUGUAAAGAUUAAUCAUUCUCAGUAAAUACUUAAAGGUCUUUUCUAUUACUCUUAGUCUCUUAUAUUCGAGCUCAGAUCUACUACAAAGUCUUUAAAGCAUCAAGAUUCUUCAAUUGAAUAAUUUAGUUGAUCCAGAAAGUGGUUGUUAGAAUCAUUAUUCGUUCACAAAGGAUCAUCUCUAUCACGAGUUUCUUUAAUAUCUAGGUAA